CAGGCUUACUAGGGUUUAUGCUUCUGGGCGAAAAUUAGAAACUUUGGGUGUGGUUGGUCGGAGGAUUCUCGGUUGCCGGAGGAAGAGAUGAAGCUGAAGCAAUUGGAAAGCCUCUUAGGUGAUCUUCAACAGUUCUCGAACCCAAAGGUGGAGCUGGAACAAUACCCAACUGGACCUCACAUUGCUUCUCGCAUGCUCUACACUGUAUCCAACUCUCACUCUCUUCUCCUUCAUUUUUCUGCAGAAAUUCCUUGACUUUAUUUUAUCCCAUUCUUGUUCUCUCUUUGCUUCAGUCAUUACUUCUUUCUAUUUUUUUCUUUAUUUGAUUAUAUGGGUCUUGCUCAUAUUUGAAUUAGUUGCUUGGAAAAUCAUUAGUAUUUGUUCCUAGAUUUUCUGUGCA